AUGUGUGGCUGUUUGAGUGCGUUAUAUUCCCUAUUUCGGUCGUUUUGCUGGGGCGACUCCGCGACUGAAAGACUCGCGGCCGGAGCUGAUGACAAGACCACAGGCGAAAAUGCUUUCUCCUAUGAUGCUCAACAAUAUGGAUUUCCAAAAGACCAUGGAACGGAGGGAGUCACGGUAGCUUUCAACGAAUCCUUCUCGCCUAAUACGAUCGUGUGUUACACGGAUGCAAGCUAUGAUCCUAACAGUGUGAACGGCAUCCACACAGCCGCAUGUGCAGGGUUUUUUGGAAAAAGACACCCUUUAAACUUUUCCGUUCUUCUGAACGAUGAAACGAAAAAGAAGCUCGACGACAUGGAUAAGGACGACCGUGCCACCUAUCUGGAAAUCUUAGCAGCAAAGACGGCUCUUGAGAAAUUAUUCAAUUGGAAAUAUAGACCCGAAGAAGUCAUCGUUAGGUCUGACAACCUGAAUAUGAUCCGAGGAUUGAACUUGAGAUUGAAAGGAGCACGUUUUAAGCAAAUUCGCGAAGAAAUCUGCCCACUCAUGGAUGUUGCAUCGAAUUUUGAAAGGCCAAUACUCUUCCAACACGUGUAUGGACACAAUGGUGACCCGGCAAAUGAGACAGCCGAUGCAAUGGCUUGCUUUACAAGGAAAUAUGGUGAAGAAUUGGAGAGGAUGAUGGAACCCGACGAUGAGCGUAAGAAG